UGUUAUUUCUGCUUUCUGUCACACUGACUCUCUUCUCUACUGACAAAAGCAAUAAAGAAUCAGCCAUCAGUGAAGAACCAAGAGAAACACUUUACAGAAGGAUCUUUGUGAAGUUUGUUUCUGAAUAGAUAGUAGAUCUUUGUGAUUCUGGUGGUGAUUCAUUCUUUAAACUGUUGUUCAGAAAGUGAAAGUAAAGUUUAGAUCGCUGGAGCUCAAAGAGUGAAAAUGGCUUCACUAUCUGAAGAUGAUUAUAUUUGUCCUGUAUGCUGUGAAAUCUUCAAGAAUCCAGUUUUUCUGUCGUGCAGUCACAGUUUCUGUAAAGAGUGUCUUCAACAGUUCUGGAGAACCAAGAAAACUCAGGAGUGUCCCGUCUGCAGGAGAAGAUCCUCAAAACCUGAUCCUCCUCCUAAUCUAGCAUUAAGAAACUUGUGUGAGUCGUUCCUGAAGGAGAGAAAUGAGAGGCGUUCAUCAGGAUCUGAGGAGAUCUGCAGUUUACACAGCGAGAAACUCAAACUCUUCUGUCUGGAGGACAAACAGCCGGUGUGUUUAGUGUGUUUUACUUCACAGAAACACGUCAAUCACACAGUCAGACCCAUUGAUGAAGUUAUUCCUUCAUAUAAGGAGGAGCUCAAAACAGCACUGAAAUCAUUACAGGAGAAACUAAAACACAAAGAAAAAAUGAAAGGAGAGUUUGAGAAAACAGUUCGACACAUCAAGUCUCAAGCUGAGCGCACAGAGCGUCAGAUUAAACAGCAGUUUGAGAAGCUUCAUCAGUUUCUCAGAGAUGAAGAAGAAGCUACAAUCACUGCACUGAGGGAGGAAGAGGAGCAGAAGAAGCAGAUGAUGAAGGAGAAGCUGGAGGAGAUGAACAGACACAUCUCAGCUCUUUCACACACAAUCAAAGACAUGGAGGAGAUGAUGAAAGCCAGUGACGUCUGCUUUCUGAAGGAGUUUCCAGUCUCAAUGGAAAGAGUCCAGAUCUCAUCACAGCCGGAUCCACAGACGCCUUCUGGAGCUUUGAUUCAUGUGCCACGUUACUUGGGCAACCUGCCCUUCAGAGUCUGGAAAAGAUGCAGGACAUCGUCCAGAACAUGGCUGAAGGGCUGGUUUGACCUACAUAAGAUAAAUAGAGCAAAAGAAAACCUCAAGCUGGAGAGCAUCUCAUGUUAA